AUGACAGGCUACGGUGAAGUGUCUGUAGAUACGGAUGUUGGUAAAGUGUUUGCUGUGGCAUUUGCACUUGUUGGUAUUCCUCUUAUGUUCAUCACUGCGGCCGAUAUCGGCAAAUUCCUCUCAGAAACAUUGCUCAAAUUUGUUAGCAAUUGGAAUAGGAUGACACGGAAAAUCAAGCAAUGGAUCUACCGCAGUCGUCAUGGCCGACGGAAGUCGAUGCAGUCGUCAAAUGGUAACACCGAUACGUUAGAUAUUCUUGGUGUUGAUGGAACUGAGGAGAAAUUGUGGUUUCCUAUCGUCACUUGGUCUUUCAUUCAUGCCUUUCACUUUGGAUUCAACUUGAUAGUGACCGUUGGAUUGGGGGACAUUGUUGUCAAAGAUUAUAUAUUUCUUUCACUCAUUGUCGCCUUUGUCAUCGUCGGUCUUUCCGUAGUAACUAUGUGCGUUGAUUUGGCUUCCACACAUCUCAAGGCCUACUUCACUCGAAUCCACUACUUCGGACGAGCGAAGAGGUUCUUGGGAAUGAGUGAGGAGCUGAAGGAAAUUGUUGCUCUGCUGGGAGCAAUGAGACGGAAGAAAGGAGGAAAGGUAACGUGGAAUGACGUGCGAGAUUUCCUCGACAACGAGUUACGUGAUCGUCCAUUUGAGCCUCAUGAAUUACUUAUGAAAUUACGGUUUAUUGAUGAAACUUCAUCAGGAAUGUCGACUAUUCGACAUAACUCCUUCCAAUCAGACUUUUUCCGAGAGUCAGAAUACAUACGUCGGGUGCAAGCGUUGAGACCAGAGCAACCAGCUUACCUCUAG